AUGGUUUCCACAUCCGACCCCGUGACUGUUGAGCCUGCCGCCGAUGCCACGCAGAAAGCGCCUUCGGACGGCAAGGGUCCAACGGCUUCAAUCGCGCCCUCGCCAGCGCGGUCAUCCUCGGACGACUUCACGCGCAUCGAUGCGGCAGAUCGCAUCCGCUCCGUAAUGCGAACUACACGCCUCGAGAAGACGCUCGAGGAACAGCGCCGCGGCGACAAGAACGACCCUGUCUCGCGAUGGCAACGUGGAGGCGUCAUGGCGGAACAGCUCGGCCAGCAAGAUCAUGCUCCUCCAGCAGCAGUCCGAGGCAAGGCUUCGUCGCCUCCCCCUCGACUGCAUCAUCGCACCUCGUCGUCUUCAUCAUCCUCGUCGCCGAACGUCAACUCGCUCUCCCGGCAGCUGAUGAGCACAAGCUUCUUUGACAAGCUGCCUUUCACCUUCAAGAACGAGGCCGAGAAGGACGAGUUCAUCCGCGAGUCCAAGACCCUCACCAAACGCAUGGAGGACCAGAACUGGCUCGAGAUGCUCGAUCCCAAGCACAGAUACGGCAGCAACCUCAAGCACUACCACCGCCACUGGAACCUCAAGGCCGACACGCGCCAAAACUUUUUGCAUUGGCUCGACGAAGGCGAGGGAAAGGACCUCAGCCUCGAAGAGUGUCCGCGCUCCAAGCUCGAAGCAGAGCGCAUCACCUACCUCACCCCAGACGAGCGACGCAACUACCUCACCUACGUCGACAACGACGUGCAGCUUCCAUCCAACGGACAUCUCCACGACAUUCGUGCACACCUCAAGCAGGCUGGGAAAGGUCGUUUGCGCUGGUGCCGUACCGGCGAGCUCGUCAACACCUCCAAGUACGACCAUGGCGAUCUGGGCAAGGGACGCGGUGUUGCGCUUCGCCAGUCGCAGGAAUGGCAGAAUGCAAUCGCGCGUGGAGAGGCGUGCGACGUGGUGCGUGACGACAAGAUCAAAUUCAGGCGAACGACAUCCGCCAGUUCGUCGGAUUCAUUCACAUCCGACUCGUCCUUGUCUGACGAGGACACGGCUGUGCAAGAGUCGACACCCAGGGAUUCCACAUCAGCGAGCUCCGAAACAUCGUCAAACACAAAGGGUUCUGCCCAUAUCAGCUCUCCGAAACCAGCGCGUGACCCUGAGGAAAAGCAGCAGUCUCGCAAGGAAAAGCUGCUCGAAAAAGCCAAUCUUGGCCCCAAGUAUCUUCUCAAGCAGAAACUCGGCCUGUACACGUCUGCAGAACGUCAGCAAGUCGUCAAGGGCGACCAGGAAGAUGGGUCCCACGGCGACGAUGGCGAGCAGGACGCCCUCAUCCGCAAACGCAAAGCCGACACGUGGAUCUUUGUCACGGAUCUCUCGUACAACAUGUACAUCGGCAUCAAGCAGCGCGGCCGAUUCCAGCACUCGUCGCUGCUGGCCGGAUCGCUCGUCACCGUCGCAGGUGUGCUCAAGGUCAAGGACGGCGUGAUCGUCUCGAUCUAUCCGUGGAGCGGCCACUACCGCUCAUCUUCGCAGCAUUUCGAAGAGUUUGUCAAGCGGCUCCAGGAACGCGGCCUCGACACCAGCCAGAUCAACGUCACAAAGAGCAAGUGGGUCAUCGAAGUCGUCAAUAGGUACGGCAUGUAUCGCAAAAAGAAGGACCGCAAACUCAAGGAUCUCAAGGACAGGGCUCGCGAGACGUGGGACGGCCACCGCUCGCCCACCUCAGGACGGACCGGGUAG